UGUUGGCAUUUCUAAAAAGUCAGGUUGUAUCAUUAAAUCACCCUGCAUGGUCUUCAGGAGCCAACCUAAUUGGAUGUCUGCCAGUUUUGACAAGCGCAGACCAGAUAAAGCGACUUGAGGCAGAAGUGGCUAUUAAGUAGAGAGAGCUUACUAAAAUCUGUCCUGAAGGGGAGUGGCAGACACACUCAAAUGUCUCCUAAUGACUUAAACGUGGAGCAUCUUUUAGCUUCCAAUAUCUUUUUUUAUUUUAGAGAAGCAGAAAACGUGACUGUUUCUCCUUGUAGGACUUAAAAUUGGAAAAACGUUAUGUUGCUCGUUGGAGUAAAGUUAAAAAGCCAGCUGGGGAUGACGGGCCACGGGAGAUCUGCACUCCGUUUCUAUACGCAGAGUUUGGAAAAGCAGCAGUUUCACAAGACAUAAAAAACUUUAAUUUUCAGCCUGGUCAGAAACGAAUGAACGGGUUGGAACAGAGCAGGAAGACCCUUAUUGGGUGGAUACAUCUCCCCACCCACUUGUCAGAUCAGCCGGAAACAUCGUGACGGUUUUAUUUAUUUAUAUAUAUUUUUCCAAACAAGGUGCUCAUUAGAGGGGACGGUCUAUUUCUCUGACGCGUGUCUUGCUCCUCUGACGGCAUCUGCCCCUUUAUAAGCUUCAGUAAGUCACACAAGAGACCCCCGCCCGCGUUUCACCCCUCUGCUCCUUACGGCGCAAACAGGAACGAGGAUUUUCACCAACUUUUAACUGAUAUGCGCACUUUUUCCUUCAGGUGUCCCGACACAUGACUCUACGAACACUGCAGGUCUUCAUGCCUUCCAGCCCCUAGCAGAGGACCGCUGCGAGAAUGGCCAUCCAUGCAGAGGGGCUUGUGGCUAUCGCGGUCUUCUACUUGCUGAUCCUGUUCGUGGGGAUCUGGGCGGCAUGGAAGAACAAGCACUCCGGGGAGGCGGAGGGCACCGACCGCAGCGAAACCAUCAUGGUUGGAGGGAGAGACAUUGGAUUGUUUGUGGGCGGAUUUACAAUGACGGCGACCUGGGUUGGAGGCGGAUACAUCAAUGGAACCGCUGAGUACGUUUAUCUUCCGGAUCAUGGUCUAGCUUGGGCUCAAGCCCCUUUCGGAUACGCCCUCAGUCUGGUUGUUGGUGGUCUUUUCUUUGCCAAGCCCAUGCGCUCAAGGGGCUACGUCACCAUGUUGGACCCCUUCCAGCAGCUGUAUGGAAAACGAAUGGGCGGCCUUCUCUUCAUACCUGCACUCAUGGGCGAGAUUUUCUGGUCUGCAGCCAUCUUAUCUGCCCUUGGUGCUACUCUGAGUGUCAUUGUGGACAUCAACAUUAAGAUGUCAGUGGUUAUAUCAGCACUUAUUGCGAUCUUUUACACCCUGGUGGGAGGGCUGUAUUCGGUGGCCUACACUGAUGUGGUGCAGCUUUUCUGUAUCUUUGUUGGCUUGUGGAUCAGUGUUCCUUUUGCGCUGACCAACGCUGCCGUGUCAGACAUCACUGUUACUGCAGUGAAGCAGGUUUACCAGUCACCGUGGAGAGGCAGUGUCAGAAGGGAGGACACCUGGGUCUGGAUCGACAACUUCUGCCUUCUGAUGUUGGGAGGAAUUCCCUGGCAGGUGUACUUCCAAAGAGUCCUGUCGGCCUCCUCAGCCACCUACGCACAAGUCCUCUCCUUCUUGGCUGCUUUUGGGUGCCUCGUCAUGGCUGUGCCCUCUGUUCUCAUCGGGGCCAUCGGGGCCUCCACAGACUGGAACCAGACGAGUUAUGGUGCUAUCCCUCCCAAAGAGAAGGACGAGGCAGACAUGAUUCUUCCCAUCGUGCUCCAGCAUCUUUGUCCACCUUUUGUUUCUUUUUUCGGUCUGGGGGCAGUAUCAGCAGCUGUCAUGUCAUCGGCAGACUCCUCCAUCCUUUCAGCUAGCUCCAUGUUUGCUAGAAACAUCUACCAGCUGGCCUUCAGGCAGUCAGCCUCUGACCGUGAAAUCGUGUGGGUGAUGCGAAUCACGAUCUUCGUCUUCGGCGGUCUCGCCACCGUGAUGGCUCUGGUGACCGGCACAGUUUACGGCCUCUGGUACCUGAGCUCAGAUCUGGUGUACGUCAUCAUCUUCCCCCAGCUGCUCAGCGUGCUCUUCGUGAAGGGCACCAACACUUAUGGUUCAGUUGCUGCGUAUUUGUUUGGCCUGCUGCUGCGUAUCGGUGGAGGGGAGCCCUACCUGCAGCUGCCACCGUUUAUCUACUACCCCGGCUGGACGACCGAGCAGAGGAAGCACCACAUCACUGGUGAAAUAGAGGAGAUUGUGAUCCAGAAGUUUCCUUUUAAGACCGUCUCCAUGUUGGCCUCCUUUUUGGGGAACUUAGUUUUCUCGCAUCUUGCAAAGUACUUAUUUGAGAGCGGGACGAUUUCCCACAAGUACGACUUUCUUGAUGCGGUGGUGUCCAGGCACAGUGGUGAGAUAAUGGAUAAGACUACUCUUGUAACCCGUGGCAACAACAUCGGGCUGUCAGAGAUGGCAUCUGUCAAGCCGCGGCUGAGUGUGACCUUGGCAGCUGCCUUCACCCGCCGGGACACGCUACAGAAGGAAACGGUGGAGGAGGAAGACGAGGAGUCCAGUCCCGACUCCUCCCACCAUGAUGAGGAAUGAGGAAGCCAGGAUGAAAUUUAUAUAGAAAUGAAUAAAAACGUGAAUACCCGACUGAACAAAAAGUCAAUCGGAAUAGGUCCUCUUCUUCCUCCUGCUGGUCUAUGAAGACUAUGGACAUCCAACUGGACGAUCGCCACAUGUCAGGAUAGAAGACCUCUAACGUAACCGCUUGAUAAUUGUCCAGACGCUGAUGGAAAGCAACACAUGCAGUCAUAAUACUCAGAAAUAUGUGGUUCUGCAUUUUUAGCUGUUUUAAGUUAAGCAGGAAAGACUCUUUAGCUUUUCAUCACUUAAUAAAGCAGAUAAAGCAACUAUAAUGAAACAAAAGAGAGGAGCAAGAAGUGAUAGCACAAUUGCUAAUCAAAAGGGAACCAAUAACACAAAAGCAAUAAUACACAUACACACUUUGAUGCAUUUGCAUUGAUUAUAACCUGAUUGUGGCACAGAGAACAGAAAAUAUCAGUAAAAGAACAAAAUAUAAAUAUUAUUUAAAGCUUCAAUGUGUUAAAUCAAGUCAGCAGAACUGAAAUCAGACCAUCUUUGUUCUAUAACGCUUUAUCAAAAGAGCAGCCGUAUUUCUCACUUUUAAAAUCUUCAAUUCUUAAACAAUCAACUCAUUGUGCAAGUAGAAAAACGUAACGUGUUAUUGUAGCCGACGGGAAACCUUAGCUAAUCUUCUUGUUGAUGUCAGGUGUUGUUAAAGAAUCAAUGUGGGUUAGUGUUUCUUUGUCCCUUAUUCAGCUGCCUUAAUGAUGCUCAUUUUUAAAUAAAAACACAAUAAUACUGUAGUUUUAACCAGACUUUGGUCAGGCUGCAGAGAGAAGACUUGAAUGUAAAUGUAGCUUCCAUAGAUACACGCUUGGCCAAGUCUCCUUCCUUUCCGGUUGGUUCACGGUCCGAAAGAGCGUAAAAAUGAACGCAAAUCAACAGGGCUAAUUUUCGAAUCCGCUUUUUGUUACAUCCUGAAACGUAAAUAUGGGUGUUUCGACCACGCUUGUCAUUCACUUUGAGCUUUAUCAUCUUGCAAAAGUUUGUAAUUAACAUGACUACGAAUCAGACGUUGGUAUGUCGAAUAAAUGGCGUCACCACGAAUCUCCUCUCCCCUAGCGUAGCUGCUACCUACCACAUGGCCAGAUUUAUGAUGGUUUUUUUCAUCCCAAAGGAAUGAAUUUGAAGUUUACUGAGCCACUUUUCCUCUGCGGUUCUCCGUGUCUGCUUCGAUCACAUCACUUUUUUGAAGCGCCUUUGUAGUUCCGGAUGUAUUUUCACACAAAACCUAAAAUAACUUUUCCUCCUGUAUUCUGUGUCCUAAAAUAAGUGCUUUCUUGGCAUCAAGACGUGUCUUUAAGAUUCACAGACAUCAUAUGUGAAAUCCACGGUAUUUAACAAAUGGAAUUAGAAAAUAGCGUUUUUCACCCCAUUGACUUGUAUUCAUUUUUUCGUUCCUCCGGGGAUCCAUGGACUGGAAGUAGAUGGGCGUGACUUAGGCUCCCUAUUUCCUCCAUGUUUAUGACGAGUCUUGGUGUGUCGCAGGGUGAUGAGGUGGCAGCCUCCGACCAAUGCUUGUUCUCAGCAGCAGUGAAUAAAGUUUGUUUUGUGAUGUGUACAUUUGUAAAUAUGCAAUAUAUGGGUAAAAGGUAAAUAACAAUAACAAACUGCUGAAAAUAUAUCAAAUGGAAAAAAUGUUUAAAUGUUUAUUUAUUUUUUAUCUCAUAAAAAAUUUAAUAAAAAAGAAAAGAAUUAUAGAAUAAAUGAA